UUUUAAUGGAAGUGUCACGUUUAUUGUAUGUAAAUCGCACCUCUCCCGGUCUCCCCCGCCAUCUCCGAUCACCGAGAUUUCCAUUUUCCAUUUGAUUUGUUUUUGGUCGGCAAAAUUGAAAUUACUCCCAGCACACGGCGAAAUCGGCAUUUCGUUUUUCAUUUUUGGGCUUUCCGAUGCGGAGGAUCGCCGAUUGAAUCGAUUUGGUGGAGAAUAUUGAUGAGAACAUUUCGCAAAUGCUCGAGGAUUUUGAUCCUCUGUAUGCUCUGUGUUAUUUUUGUUCCUGUUUUUUUACUGUCGUACAGGCUCAAACAUAUUAAAUCCGAUGUUUAAUUUGAUUCGUGUANAAGACUUCGUUGAAGAUUUAUCGAUCAUACAUUGUGUGUUUUACGUGAACAUGGUGUUGAUUGUGCUGUGUUUUGUGCUUUUAGAGUUCAUAUCAGUUUUGUAUUCAAAUAUGUCGUGCAAAGUGCAAACAUUGAAACACAGAACGGAUGCGCAAAUACUAAAUGCAAUACAACAGGAAGGGGAAGGUUUGAAAGAACCCCCUCUGGUGGUGUACAAAGAAGAAACCCAUAAUUCUCCAGUUAAUCCUAGUUAUAGUGAGGAUACAACUUCUGGUGAAGUUAGGAAUGCUGCAAAUGAUGCUGACUUGUUGGAAAAUAUUGGUUGUGAUAUGUACUGUUUGUCUGAUCUGGUUUCAAGUUCAGCAACUAGACAUGAUACUAGUGAAAGUGGCCAGAAAAGACAGCAAGAAGAGUUGGCCGUAUCUGGGGCAAGGGAAGAGUCUCACAAAGACAAGACACAGCUUAAUCGGGUUGUACGGAGUAGGUCGGGAGCUUUGGAAGAAAAGGUGAAAGAGAUGAAAGACCAAGUGAUCAGGGCCAAAGCUUACUUAAAUUUCAGACCAUCAAAUAGCAGUUCUCAUAUUGUGAAAGAGUUAAAACUACGAAUGAAAGAGGUUGAACGAGCCAUGAGUCAAUCCUCCAAAAAUUCUCAUUUAUCUAGGAGUUCUGUACAGAAGAUGAAAGCAAUGGAAGCUACAUUGUUAAAAGCAAGUCGUAUUUACCCUGAUUGUGCUGCAAUGAUUAAGAAGCUUCGAGCCAUGACUCAUAAUGCCGAGGAGCAGGUUAGGUCACAGAGGAAUCAAGAAACUUUUCUUAGAGGGCUGAGUGGGAGAACCAUCCCGAAAGGCCUGCACUGCCUCUCUAUGAGAUUGACUGCGGAGUAUUUUUCCCUGGACUCUAAGGAGAGGGAGUUCCGUCACAAAAAUAAACUACAAAAUCCUCAUCUCUAUCAUUUUGCUGUUUUCUCUGACAACAUAUUGGCUUGUUCAGUUGUUGUGAACUCAACCGUCUCAAAUGCCAGGGAGCCAGAAAAGUUGGUAUUUCACGUGGUAACUGACUCCCUUAACCUUCCGGCAAUGUCGAUGUGGUUCUUACUAAACGCUCCCAGCAAAGCUACUGUUCACGUGGAAAGCACGGACGGUUUUCAAUGGCUAACCACCAAAUACAACGUGACUCUACAGAGGGAAGGUUCUAUUGAUCCUCGAUAUACUUCUGGGUUGAACCACCUCCGAUUUUAUUUGCCGGAUGUUUUCCCAAAUCUGAAUAAAAUCGUUCUUCUCGAUCAUGAUGUGGUGGUUAGAAAGGAUUUAACGAGGCUGUGGAGCAUUAGCAUGAGGGGCAGAGUAAAUGGUGCUGUGCAGACUUGUAGGGAAGGAGAACCUUCUUUUCGCCGCAUGGACGUGUUUGUCAAUUUCACAGACCCCUUAAUAGCUGAUAAAUACGAUGCCACCUCAUGCACGUGGGCUUUUGGGAUGAACUUAUUUGAUCUUCCGGAAUGGAGACGGCGAAAUUUAACUGGGGUCUAUCUGAAGUACCUUCAUUUGGCUAAUAAGAGGCCAAUCUUGACAGAAGGAAGCUUGCCCAUUGGUUGGCUCACGUUCUACAAACACACGCUUGCUUUAGAUAAUCAGUGGCAAGUCUUAGGGUUAGGGCAUGAUUCUAGUGUGAGGCAGGACAAUAUAAAUCGAGCCUUUGUUUUGCAUUUUGAUGGGAUUCAUAAACCGUGGUUAGAUAUUGGGUUCGAGAGAUACAAGCAUUACUGGAGAGAACAUGUCAAAUACGAUCAUCCAUACCUGCAACAAUGCAACGUUCACGAGUAGUUAGAUUCGGUACAACAUGACAAGAUUCGAUUUAUGCAAUCAUUCUUUCUCAAUAUUCAAUGAUUCUUACAGGUGAAUUUCUACUCUCUUUUUUUUUUUUUUUUUU